GUACGUAAAGGAACGGAUGUGCAGGAUGAUCGACUUGGUUUUUGACGUGUAGUAGGGAUCUGCUCUCAGCAAUUGUUCUAGAUCUAGAUAUUCUUAUGUUAAAAAAAAAAAAUGGAUCAGAUCAAAACAAUACUUUAUACGGCAUGCGCAGAUAUUUGCUAGCGCUUUUUACGGAAUAAUUCCGAGUUUUCCUAUUAACACUAUCGCUAGUUUAAGAUAUAAAAUAUCUUUCAACUUAAUAUAACGAAAUUCUGUCUUUGUUCCUAUGUGGUGAGAGACUGCUUUGUGAAUGCGAAUGGCAAAGAUACCGAUUAUGAUCUUGAUGACGAAAUUAAAGUCAAUUGUUCAUAAUGGUAUGGAUGGCAAUAUGAGCAUUGAUAUCGGCUUAGCGAAAAGUUUUGCGAUGAAGGAGAAAAGUAAAAAUGCCGCUCGUACCAGACGUGAAAAGGAAAAUGCGGAAUUUUUCGAAUUGGCCAAAUUACUGCCACUACCAAGUGCGACUACAUCACAAUUGGAUAAAGCUUCAGUAAUACGGUUGACAACCUCUUAUUUGAAAAUGCGCCAAGUAUUUCCAGAAGGGCUAGGGGAGGCUUGGGGCUCUUCGCCUGCCCUGCAUAGAGGCAUCACGAUUAAAGAAUUGGGUUCGCAUUUAUUGCAAACGUUGGACGGUUUCAUUUUUGUAGUUGCACCGGAUGGAAAAAUUAUGUACAUCUCAGAAACUGCUUCAGUUCACUUGGGCUUAAGUCAAGUUGAGUUAACUGGAAAUUCAAUCUAUGAAUACAUUCAUAAUUACGAUCAAGAUGAAAUGAAUGCGAUAUUAUCGCUGCAUCCUCACAUGUACCAAAAUCCGGACGCAUUUAUUAAUUCUUUGCAAUUAGUUCAAUCUACAAAUACAAUUGAAAUUGAGAAGACUUUUUUUUUACGCAUGAAAUGCGUUCUUGCCAAACGUAACGCCGGCCUAACGUCAUCGGGUUAUAAGGUUAUUCAUUGUUCUGGUUAUUUAAAAGUUCGCAUAUAUCCGGAUUAUGGCGAUGGCCAAGGCGGCUGUAUCCGUAAUAUGGGCUUAGUUGCAGUUGGUCACUCCCUACCUACUUCGGCCAUAACAGAAGUCAAAUUGCAUCAAAAUAUGUUCAUGUUUCGAGCGGAGAUGGACUUGAAGUUAAUAUUCUUCGAUGCUAGAGUCUCUCAUCUAACUGGUUAUGAGCCGCAAGAACUUAUUGAGAAGACAUUGUAUAAAUACAUACACGUUCAGGAUAUACUGCCCAUGCGUUGUUCUCAUCAAAUACUUUUGUAUAAAGGACAAGUAACCACCAAAUAUUAUCGUUUCUUAACUAAAGGCGGUGGUUGGGUGUGGGUCCAAUCGUAUGCCACUUUAGUACAUAACAGCCGUUCGACACGUCAAGUUUGCAUUGUUAGCGUGAAUUACGUUUUAAGUGAACAAGAGUCUAAAGAUCUGGUGCUUAACGAGAUACAAAUGGGUAUUGUGAAAAGUGAGCCGAUUUCAACGCCAGUUCCCAUACCUACGCCUGCCUUGCACCCUGGACAUGUAGCUGCCGUUCCAAAUAUAUCAAAUAAUGCAGGAAAUGUUAACAAUGGAAACGGUAUGUUGGCUGCUCCUCCUAAUCUUUCAGCAAGUGCUCUUAGUACAAGUCCGAAAAUGGAUACGUGCUAUGAAGCAACGGCCGCCAUACGAUUACCCACAGCAGUAACGCCAACUUUAAGUACAAAUAGCAAUUCGGACACUAGCAAUAAUAAUGGAUACAUGACGCAGCAAGUGCAACAGCACCAUCAUCAUCAACAACAACAAGCGCAUCAUACGCAUAUUUCUCAGGGACAUCAGACGGCGUCACAUCAGCCUCAUCAUCACCAUCAUCAUCACCAUCAUCAUCAGCAGCAGUCUUCACAUCCCCAUCAAAAUCAUGCGCAGCAGGGGCCUUUGCCAGAUUUGGUAGAUGCACAUCCGACGGCUACGGAUUCUCUAAGCUAUACUCAGCUAUAUCCAGUAAAUGACUCAUUGGCCAGCUCUAGCAGUUCCCUGCAACAUGAUAUAUUGCAUCAAUAUCCAGACACAACAAAUAGUAAUAAUUAUUACAGUAAUAAUAAUUUUUAUUAUGAUGGCACGGUUGACGUUUCGUCAGCAUCGCUAAUAAGACCUUUCUCAGCCAAUUCCAAUAGUUGCUCGAGUAGUUCAGAAUCUGAUCGUCAACUAUCAACUGGCAAUGCCUCCCUACUAAAUGGUACCUCUCCGCAAACAACUUAUAGUGAUCUAAGUCAUAGCUUCGAGUUGAAUUAUUUCUCUGAUAGUAGUUCUCAUCAACACCACCAUCAACAGCAACAACAUCAUUUGCACCAACAUGUUGCGAAUGCUGAAUUAACGCCACCGUCGCAACACCAAGGACAACAAGUACACCAAGCCCAUCUGCAUCAACAUAAUCAGCCUUUGCAGCAAAUGGACAUUCAACAGCAACAGCAACAUAUUGUAUCGAACAAUUUCACCGAUAGUUUUAAAAACGUUAAUGGCCCUCAUUACACAAGUGUUAUAGUGGAACCACAACAUUUUCUAAACAAUGACUUUGUGCAUUAGCCUUAAAUGUUAGGGAUAGGCUAGGGAUAGCAAAAAAAGACGAUAAAAAGGAAAAACACGGACCACCGUUACAGACAUUUUAUUUUAU